CGAUCUUCAGAAGUUCUGUGAUUGGAUGCUGUAAAGGUCGGGUGAUCGUUCGUAAUUUGUGAGUUAUUACGUUUGACAUAUAAGCGUGUCAUUUUGUUUUAAUCAUUGUAUUUAUUUAAUGAAAAUAGAUAUUUAAUAUACAAUAGCCCACAAUGACAGAUCCUGGAAGAUGGUCAUCGACACAGGAUAAUGAUUUUUCUAGUUUUCAGUCAAACGAUAGCUUCAAUUUAAAUGAAGUAACUGGUAUCGAUGAUCUCCUCACAAAUUGUGAAAGUGAAUUAUUGAAAAAUGAAAACCUAUUUAGCGAUGAUGCAUUACUCUCGCAAUUGGAUGAUCCCCUAGCAAUGGAUGCAGAGGAUUUAGAUUUUUUAAACUUCAAUGGCAGCGAAGAAUUAAAAGAUUUUAAAGAAUUCCAAGAUUUUAAAGAUCCUAAUAUUAUUAAAUCUGUACCAAAUGGAAAUGUAAUGAUAACUCCAGUGGUAACAGAAAAUACGCAACAGAUUCCUUGUAUGUCAUCACAGCAACAAAAGCAGCAACCACAACUCCAAGAUAUAGCAUCUAUGAAAAAUAGAGCACAAAGAAUAUCUGUUACACAAACACCUACGGUAUUUAGUUCACAGUAUGCUAUUCCACAAAAUGUGAACUUUAGUGUUCAGUCAUCACCAGUUGUAACAAUAGCACCGGUGACACAACAAAGACAGUUACUUUUACCAGCUAAACUUAUCAAGUCAGAAUCAGUUGUUUAUUCUAGAGGCUCACAAGCUGUUACUUCAGCUUCUGUACCACAUCAAAUACAUACUUUAGUAAAUACUGCUAAUGGAACUGUUUUAACCACUGGUAUUCCUGUUGUAUUAGAUACUGAUAAAGUACAGAUUAAUCGUUUGAAUACAGCUACUCAUGUAGGUGUACCAAAAGUGAAAGAAGUAAAACGCAGUGCUCAUAAUGCUAUAGAACGACGUUAUAGAACAUCAAUCAAUGAUAAGAUCAUUGAAUUGAAAAAUAUCAUUGUUGGAGUGGAUGCUAAGUUAAAUAAAUCAGCAAUUUUAAGAAAGACUAUUGAUUAUAUUAGAUUUCUUCAGAAUUCUAAUACAAAAUUAAAAUCAGAGAACAUGUCAUUAAAAAUGGCUGCGCAAAGACAAAAUCUGCGCGAUUUAUUAGUAUGUGGUGAACUUACACCACCUCGAUCAGAUUCAAGUGAACCAUCCUUAUCUCCGGCACCAGCGCCAUUAUCUCCACCUUCUCCAUCAUCGAUCAAAGAUGAUCCAGAUGUACUACAAAACAUUCACUCUACGUCUGUCCUAACAAAUCAAGGCAUGAGAGAUCAUACCAGACUUACACUUUGUGGAUUUAUGCUCCUUUUGUUAGCAUUUAAUCCUUUGGGUUUUCUCAUAAAUAAUGUUGGAAGAUUCAACUCUGAUUUUGCAAAUACAAAACUAGACGGUCGCACGAUACUGAAUUAUCAAGAUCAAUCAGAAGUUGAAAAUCCAAUUUGGAGCAAUGUGUUUCUAUGGUUAACAAAUGCUAUACUUUUGAUCGGUGGACUUUACAGAUUACUGCUUUACGGCGAUCCGAUAUUAACUUCUGAUAGUAAAUUGUUCCUUGAACUCCAUCGAUGGAGGCGUCAAGCGGAAUUUAAUAUAUCAAAAAAUGAAUAUAGCCAAGCAAAUCGCGAUUUGCAUCAAUGUUUACAAUAUUUAGGUCGACCGUAUCCAUCGUCACGCGCAGAAGCUUGGCUAGCAAUUAUGUGGCAGAUCAUAAGACAGCUUCUUCAUAAGUUAUGGAUUGGGAAAUGGAUAUUGCACACUCAUAAAUGGUUUUCCGAAAAAACUACACGACAGCAAGCUGAAAUAUCAGCUAUGGAAAUAGCCAUCAUUUACCAACAUAUGCUUUGUUUACGUUUAUCAGAAGGUUCUAAAAAUGGAACAUUAUAUCUUGCUUUUUCUGCAGUAAAUUAUGCAGAAGCCACUGGUGAAUCUAUGCCAAAAUCAUUAUUGGCAGAAAUAUACAUCAAUGUUGCAUUAUGUUUCAAACAAUCACCUUUACCAUUUAUUCAUAAAUAUUACCUGGGUAAAGCGCGCGCGUUACUUUCAUCGUGCGCAAUUCCAGCGAAAUUCAAGUGGAUUAUGAGCGAUGACGGUGCUAAAUUUUUAGCAUUCCAGAAAUGGCAAUAUGGAGAACAAUCAGAUAAUGAAUUUACAUCUCAAAGUAGUAAAGCUGAUCCUUUGUCGUAUGCAUCACGUGCGUAUAGAGAUUACUUAAUUGGAUAUUGUUUACGGAUUUUAACUGGUACUGCAGGAGAUACUCACUUAUCCUCGAUAUUGGAGUAUGGACAAACUAUCAUGUCCUCUGCUGGAGUAGAUGCUGGUUUUUUAUGCACUAACAAAGUUACAGCUACCCAUUGCGAAGAUGAAAUUGGCUUAUGGUGGGGAGCAGUAAUGUAUGUAGCAGCAUGUUGGAGAUUAAAAGAAGAUGAUUCACAGGCAUGGAGUAUUGUUGAAAGUAAAUUUCCUUACGAAAAAAAUUAUCAACUCUGUAAUAAUAACAGCAAUACUAGUCCAUUGCCGUAUAUUGUUUUAAACGCUUUGCAAGCAGCAAAAGCAACUACGAAAACAGCUUCGAUGCGUUUUAUUGAUCAAGCAGGAAUAUUACUUGAGCAGAGUCUAGUUUAUUAUCAUUGCAAGCAACAAUCAUUGCAAAAUGUUUUGCUCACUCAAUUGUGGAUUUGUGAUUGGUUACUUGAGAUGCGAACUACAUUUUGGCAAGAAUUAGAUGGCGAUUUGGAUAAAUCAAAUAUAAAUAUAUCACUUGGAGGUUUUCAACGUGAUUUAGCUUGUCUGAGACAAUUGUGUCAGCACAUUCCAUCAACGAUGGCGAGAGUAUUUCUUUACGAAGCCACAGCACGUAUAAUGGCAGGAGCGACACCAGUAAAAACUCAAAUAUUAUUAGACCGUAGUUUGCAUCAUAGAAAUUCGCGUUCUUCAAUUAUCUGUGGAAAAGAUCGUUCUCAGGAUCAGUACAGUGGAGAAAGAGAACAUGCAGUAGCUUUGUGCUUAGCAUGUCGACAUUUGCCUGCGUUGUUGUUGGCUUCGCCUGGAGAGCGUGCUGGUAUGCUUGCAGAAGCUGCUAAAACUCUUGAAAGAGUAGGUGACAGAAAAAGACUUCAAGAAUGUUAUAAAUUAAUGCGACAACUAGGUCCAGCUAUUUCUGCUAACUGAUGCAUCAAAUAAAAAGGUAUUCUCUUAUUCAUAUAAUAUUGAGUACUACAUGAAAUCAUUGUAUAUAAGUUUCAGUGCAGACGUGUUCUUUUUUUUAAAAUAUUUUUGUAAUUUACUAUUUAUUACUUAUUAUGUAGAUAGUUUAUAAUUUAAAGAAUGCAUAUAUUUUUAUUGUGUACAUCAUGUACCUAGAUAUAAUAUAAAUUAUAUAUAUAUACUGGCCCGCGCGUGGCGGGCGAAAUCUUAGCUAUUGUAACGGGGGGCACUCGUGUCUCCACGUUACAAUAUAUAUAUGUAUUGAUCAAAUACAUUUUAAAGUAAAUGAGUAAUUCAUUAUAACGUUUAGAGGACUAUUAAGGCCUCUUGAAAGUCAUAAAUAAAGUUUUUAAUAUAGUAA